AUGAGCAUAACUCUCAAAGGCCAGGACCAGGGAAUAGCGUCGCUCAAGGCUUCGCUGCCUUCUCUCCCGACGCAGACGCCGCUUGGGGCAUUUUUGUGUCGAUUCCCCCGCGAAAUCGCCUCUUCUCCCCGCACCGCCCCGGUUUUCCCCGCAAAUAUGCAAUCCCCGGAGAAACACCGGGGCGAUCUCGGCUCGGCCUUUCUCCAGCGUUCUUGCCUGCCUGGGGAGCCCGAGGAUGCCAGCGCUGGGCCCAGCUGCCAAGGAGCCCGGCUUGCAGCCUCGGGGAAGAAGGCGGCGACGGUGGAGCGGCCGGCCGGGAUGUAG